AUGGCAUCAAAACCUUUGAGUGAUCUAUAUCGUCUCUCGUAUAAAAGAGAUGUUAAAGACAUGGUUGACCUAGCCAGGCGUCUUAGCUCUGAAUACCCACCAUUGAACGUUGAUGAAAUGAGUCCUCCACUGCAAUCUGGAGCAAAGGUUGACAAGAUAGCACAGAGUUUGGUCCCUUCCCACUACGUACAAGACAAUGUCAAGUCUAUUUUAACUACUGCAGACGGAAAUUGUCUAUUCAAUGCAGCAAGUUUGGCUUUAUGUGGUUGUGAGAAACUAAGUGCUGAACUUCGUGUACGUACUGCUAUCGAACUAGCUACGAAUACAGAGUACUAUAAGAAUCACCCAGUUGUGAUGAAAUGUGGCUUGAAAACGGGAAGUGGGAAGCCGUGGGAGAUUUCGUCUAUCUAUUACGCAACCAUCCUUAGUGCCUGUUCUUCGAAAGUAUUCGAAAAGUCCGGAUUCCAUGCUGCUAUUUCACACGAGAUAAUGACAACAACACAAAACGGAUCGUACUCUGGUUUGCUGCAAAUAAUGGGUCUGGCUUCUGCAAUAAAAUGUCAAAUUCACAUGAUUUAUCCGGAUACAAGACAUAAAAUGCUUAGCCUUCUUAACGGUGUCUAUUCACCCAGAGAAGUAUCAUUGACCAGCGUUCAUCGAAGCAUUGUUAUUAUGUGGACAAGCUUGUUAGGAUGGCCCAAUCGCUCUAAGAUGUUUACAGUUGAUCAUUUUGUUCCAAUGAUGCCAACUUUAACUGUAGAGCCAGAGAAAACCGCAGCUACCGGAUGGACAUUAGUAAAAAACCAACGCGGAAAGCGAAGUCGACAGAAAAAGCGAUUUUCCUUUCAACCUAAUCAUGCCAGUACAAGUUACCAUAUGAAGACAACAACUCAUUUGGAUUGUCAGUCUAAAAAGAGCAAACUUGAGCCAGCCGAAAGCGUCGAUCAGGAGAUAUACGAAUCCAAUCAUUAUUCUAAAAGUAAAACACAUACAUGGAAAGUAGAAAUGCCACUUCUUGGUUAUAAAUGGUAUGAAGAAAGAAAUUGUGAUCCCAAGUCAACUCCAUCUUUUUGUCCUCAUUUAAGUAAAAAUCAAGUAAAAAGUGAAUUUAUUUUAAGCAUGCCACUUGUAUCGAAAGGGUUUUAUGAGAACUUCUGCUCAAGUAAGAGUCAUAAGGAAUCGACGCAAGGAACAACUUCCGCCAAAAAUUACUUAACACAUGCACAGGUCGAAGAACAUAAAAAGAACAUAAAACGCAAAGGUUCUCGUGACGCAAACAAAGCUGUAUAUGUUGAACGAGAAACGCAAGAAUAUUGUUCGUCUAGCAAUUCCGCCGAAAAGGUUGAAUUUAAAAGCAGUUUUCCGUUGCUAACUCAGAAGUGGUUUAACAGAAGAGGUCGUCUUAUCAACAACAGCAACAACAACAACAGCAGCAACAACAACAACAACAACAACAACAACAACAACGACAACAACAACAACAACAACAACAACAACAACAGCAACGACAACGACAACGACAACGACAACGACAACGACAACGACAGCAGCAACAACAACAACAGCAACAACAACAACAACAACAACAACAACAGCAGCAGCAACAACAACAGCAACAGCAGCAGCAACAACAACAGCAACAGCAGCAGCAACAACAACAGCAACAAAGAAUCAUGUACAUCGCAAAUGCACGCAACUCAAAAAUCGUUCUUAAACAAUGUUAAUGAGAACGUUUCUGCUCAGAAAGACAGUAACAAAUCUUGUGACGCAAACAAAACGCCCGGUCAACAAGAAACACAGGAUGAACGCUCAUCCAGCAAGCACGCAGAUACACUUGGAUAUGAAAGCAGUUUUUCGUUGUUGAGCAAGAGGUGGUUUAAUAGACGGGGUCUUUUAGCUAACAAAAACAAGGCACGUGUAGCGCGAAAUCAAGCCACCAUCAAAAAACAUUUUGUAGAUGAUGAGCUAAUGUCCGUUGAGAGUGCGUAUGUAAAUGAUAACACGAUUAAAGAAAGCAAUGCAUUUUUGAUAAAGAAAAUGGAAGAUGAAAAGACUAUCAAGGGACUUGCCGAACUUCAUGCUUUAACAGAAGUAGGAAAAUUCAUUAUCAAUGACGGACCAAUCGUUUCGACACAAGAAGCGGGAAAAGUUUAUUUUACGAAAAAGCCAAUUUCCUCGGCUAUUCAUCAGAAGAGAAGUCAAAACAAGGCAUAACUUCAAGUGCUCUUUUUGCGCGAUUUUCUCGUCACUUCAACAUUCAACAGAUUUAUCUGAACCGUAAAGCAUAUAUUAUUGAGAAACGUAACGGAAAAGUGGAACAGCUGGUUGCUCGAUUAAAUUCUCUGAUCCCAGAAAACAAAAUUGUUAAUGACAACUUGGAAGAAAAGUUGGAAGAUGUUUUUAAAGAUUCAUUGCGCUAUAUGGAUAGUAAACGAGAUCGAGAUAUUCUGAAGGGUAUUUUUGCAAAAGCGACUAGCGUUAAAUUUACAGCAAAACUUCAGGGAGUUCAAGACAAAAAGGCAAUUAUGAACUGUAGAGAUGAACUGGGUGAAAAUAUCAAACAAUUCUGCGAAAUAGAGCGGACAUCAAUGAUGGUCAGCAAUGCAUUAACAAACGAACAGCAACGGUGUUUAACACGGAGAGUCAUUCAGAAACGAAAGGAAAAAGAAAUGCGGAUGAAAUUCGACUCACGAGGUCGAAAACUUAAAUUUGAACAAUGGCCAGAUCUUGCCAAAACACUUGAUUGGAUUUUUGACAACCAAGAUGUAACAGAACGAGCGGGGCAGGGCGUGGAAGCUCAUCCUAGGCUUAAAAAUGAAGUUCUUUAUAGAAGUAAAGACAAUAAUACCUUUAUGUGGCAGGCACAUGAAAUCAUUAACGCUUUAUCGCCUCCAUCUUUUAACAUCUCAUUAUCAUCGUGUUACAAUUAUACCAUGACGUAUAAAAAAAUUCAGCAGCAGCGAAAAGACAUCAUCACGGAAUGAAUGUAAAUGCCAAAGUAUCCUUGCACAAAGCGCCUCAUACAAUAGUUAACAAGUUAGUUGUUAACUUGCACUACAGUUCAGCAAAUGUUAACUACAUAUGCGACUAUGCUAACGAGAACCACGAAAACGUUUUAGUAGACUCAAAAGAUGCAAAGAAGAUUGUGUGUGGAGACAUAACACCAGUGCAAAAACCAAGCAAAGUAUGGACAGAUAUUGCAUUCCCUGACCAUGACUGGGACCAAAGUCGUACUAACGCAGUCACUCCAAUGACACACUUAUUCCUCCGCACAGUUAUUACCCGACGUGAAACUUCGUUAAUAUCUAAUCCACCAAUAAAUGAACUAGAUAUACUUUCUCCAUUUUCGAGUACAGUAUUACACGUAACUAGAACAGGAAAGUCUAUUACUUUAAUUAAUCCGUCCCUGCUGGAACCAGAAACAACGUUUCGGUUAUUCCACGAAAUCCUUUUUCUAUUAACGAAGCCAGAACUGGACACACUCUUUCGAAAUCCAAAAACAGAAUUGUUAAAAGGGGAGUUCGUUUUUGUUGUCGACAACGGCCCAGCUGAAUUUCCAUCAAGCCCUCUUGUACAAAUGUUAUUGGUGAGACUGCUCAAGUUGCUGAACCUUGACAAAGUUGUCCAGGUGUCAUUCGCCGAGUACCAUAGUAAGCGAAAUUUCGUGGAACGUGUUCACGCGGUUGAGGACCAGUUGCUAGGUCGUCACGGCACAUUUUCAACCAAUCUAGUUCACGGAGAUAUGAACAUUUCACCUGGCUCGGUGCAACAUGUGGAAAACAUGGAGAAGAUGAGUGAGGCUGUCGUUAAUUGUUUACACCAAGGUCGUUUUGACGGCGAGCAAUUGAAAGUCUAUCGAGGUGUAAAGAAUUCCAUGUUUCUUUUCAAUGACGAGCAGCAACUAAAAACAUUUUUGUCGUACACGGAAGAUAUGAAGGAAAACUGUGCUUUGAAAUACAGCCUAGAGAAGAGUUCUCCCAUUCUGGAUGAUUUGGCAGUUAUAUGGCGUGUGAACAAGAAUUUUAAAGGUAGCUAUCUAGAAGACUACAGAACAUUGAACAAUUCCCUGCCAGGUGUUAAUGUUAGAACGGCCUGGAGAGACAAAUACAUAACUGCAGUGUAUCGGAUAGAUGAACAGUGUAAUGAAAGAGAAUUGAAGAGAGUGGAGUUUCAGCCCAUACCCGAUUACAUUCGCUGGAUAGAAACAGCAGGUGAAUUGCAUUACCUUUCUUUUGAGCGGUUGAAAUUGUUGGAUGGUAGUUGGUCCGAAACACCGGGGUUGUUCAGACCACAACGGUUACUUGAUUUACUGUUUUCAAUAAAUCCAUAUCCACUUGAGGAUAUGUACCCGCAUUUCGCCACCAUUGCUUGGUUACCAGAGGAAACAAUACGCAAAUACUUUUCCGAAAGACAGGAAAAUAUGCGUGAAGAACGCAAACAAGAUGUUCUUCGGGAGAAGUGGAGACAGCACCCUCUGUACGCAAAGAAAGUGGAGGAUUUGCGAUCCUUAUGUAAGAAAGAAGGGCUACCAACGAAAGGGCUAAAACAUCACCUUGUAGAACUGCUUGCAAAAAGUAACAACGAAGAAGAUCUUGACGAAUAUAAUUUGCACUAUAAUGGGGACUUAGGUUCAAUUCCGACAACAGUUUCAGAACUACUUAAAUAUUCUGUAGCACGUUUACGCCACAUAUUGAACUAUCAUGGCAUUCAGACAUGUGGUACAAAAGAGGAAAUUGUUCUACGAUUAUUACUGGUAUCCCAGAACAGGUAUCACUUAUGUUUUAAAAAGGAAGAGGAAGAAAUACUAAAGACAGUGUCACGUGCAGAGGAUAUUAUUCUUGAAGAAAAAAGGCAAAUUAUUCUUCAUCCACAGUACUUAACAAGAAAAAGGACUUACACGAAAAUAAAAUGCAGCAGUCAUCUAGACAUUCCUCCUGACCUUUCAUUCCACAACCUUCAAGAUGUUUUCCAGCAACUUAAGGAGUAUUUGACAAUCGAGAGAAAAAUCAGGCGUAAGAACAACGAAGCGUUCCUCACGAAGAAUAAUAAAUUAGGUGAUGAACUGUCAAACAUUAAACCAGAUACUUAUGAGGAGUACUUUUGUAUUGGCCGAAAAAUAAAAGUUAAAUGGAGCAAAGAUGAAAUUGGAAACAGCGGUUGGAAAACAGGCUGGUACUGUGCACAAGUACAAGAAGGAUAUAUCGCGGAAGAUGACAUUACUAUCGUUUAUUAUACAGAACCAGAAUGUGUAUAUACAUUAUGCGUUUCGGAAUCUCUCGCCUUAGGGAAGCUAAAAUUGGCUUAG